GGUGCUGCUUUCCCACACGGCCAGUUAUCGCGUUGUUUGGCUGUUCCCGCGGUAUUUAAGUCAUGUGGUAGUCUGCUGAAACGUGUAGCAGCAGUCUUUUCUUUCGGUGUUGGAGCAGAGCAGACGCACACUGCUGAAGAGAUUCACUAACCAUGGUGCUGUUGCACGUGUUGUUCGAGCAUGCUGCUGGCUAUGCGCUGUUUGCAGUCAAAGAGGUGGAGGAGAUCGGCAUGCUGCUGCCUCAGGUUGAAGCCAGUGUGCUGAGCAUUGCCAAGUUUAACAGCAUGGUGAGCCUGGCUGCCUUCUUCCCCUUCAAGUCGGCGCAGGGUGCUCUGGAGAACAUGAAUGCAAUUUCUGAAGGUGUGGUUCAUUCUGACCUGAAAUUGUUUCUAGAGACAAACCUGCCCCUCUCUGGGAAGAAGAAGGCUGUGUUGGGGGUUUCAGAUUCCAAGGUCGGAGCAUCUCUACAAGAAGAAUUUACUGUAUCCAUCCAGACUGGGGGGGUGGUGGCAGAGAUUAGCAGAGGUCUGCGUCUGCACUUCCACUCGCUGGUGAAGGGUCUCACCGGCCUGGCUGCCUCCAAGGCACAGCUGGGUCUGGGUCACAGCUACUCCAGAUCUAAAGUAAAGUUCAAUGUCAACAGAGUGGACAACAUGAUCAUCCAGUCCAUUGCUCUGUUGGACCAGCUGGACAAGGACAUCAACACUUUCUCCAUGCGUGUUCGUGAAUGGUAUGGAUACCACUUCCCAGAGCUGGUCAGAAUCGUGCCAGACAACUCUAUGUACUGCCGCAUGGCUCAGCUCAUUGGUAACAGGAAGGAGCUUUCAGAGGAGAAUCUGGAGAGCAUGGAGGCCGUGGUGAUGGACGGCGCCAAGGCUCAGGCCAUCCUGGAAGCAUCCCGUUCCUCCAUGGGUAUGGACAUCUCACCCAUUGAUCUGAUCAACAUUGAGAGAUUCUCCACUCGCGUGGUGGCUCUGGCUGAAUAUCGACUCGGGCUGCAGGAGUACCUGCGCUGCAAGAUGGCACAAGUGGCGCCAAAUCUGGCAGCUUUAAUCGGAGAAGUGGUUGGAGCUCGUCUGAUCUCCCAUGCUGGCAGUCUAACAAACCUCGCCAAAUACCCAGCCUCCACCGUCCAGAUCCUGGGAGCAGAGAAGGCCCUGUUCAGAGCUUUAAAGACCAAAGGAAACACCCCCAAGUACGGCCUGAUCUUCCACUCGACGUUCAUCGGGCGCGCUGCAGCCAAGAACAAAGGCCGCAUCUCCAGAUAUCUGGCCAACAAGUGCACCAUCGCCUCCCGCAUUGACUGUUUCUCUGAGGUACCCACAAGUGUGUACGGUGACAAGCUGCGCGGACAGGUGGAAGAACGCUUGUCUUUCUAUGAGACGGGCGAAGUGCCACGCAAGAAUCUGGAUGUCAUGAAAGAAGCUGUGAAAGAGGCUACUGACGUCGCAACUGAGAUCAAGCGGAAACUUGAGAAGAAGGAAAAGAAACGCAAGAAGCGUGAAAAGAAGAUGCAAGAAGACGUUGGCGAGACCAACGGUGAAGCUGAGGCAGAAAAUGGCGACGCAGACACAAAGCCAGCGGCCGAGGAGAUGGCGGUGGAGGCGGCACAGAACGGAGCCGAGGACACCCCAGGGAAGAAGAAAAAGAAGCGCAAAUCUGAGGCCGUGGAGGUGGCUGUGGUCGAAGAGGAAACGGAAACGCCUUCCAAGAAGAAAAAGAAGCGAAAGUCUGAGGCUAUUGAAGCAGAGCCUGCAGAAGAGACUGAAACACCAGUGUCUGAGAAGAAGAAGAAGAAGAAAGAAACCACAGACUAGAAAAUGUGGUCAAAGACUAAUCUUUAUUUUUUUGUACAGCUUAUUUUUUAUCCAUUAUGCUUGAUCCUACACUAGUAAGCAUCUUUAUGUUCCAGCUCGUUUGGCAAGUUAGACUGCGAAGAAAUGAUUCUGACUGUGCCUUGAUGUCGGUUACAUUUAUUUGUACUUUUGUAAAUAGCGAUCAUUAAACUUUGUCAAAAGAGAAACUGUCACGCUUUGCUUAAUGCUCACUUGUAAUUAGCAUCUUCAUCAAACCUUUGCUGAGGCUCAAGUCCUGAGGUUAUAAUGUUGGCAUCUAACCAAGGCUGCUUUGAAGUCCUCCAGCCUCACUGUCUGUUACCAAAGCCCACUUGUGUAUAGUUCCCCAGAAAUCAGUGUGGGUGUAAAUGAUUUGAUAAAUGUAUCGGAUUAAACUGAUCACAUUAAUGAUG